CACAGCGCCGUGCCGGGCUGGACUGACAGCGGCUGACAGUCUAGCGGCAGCCCGGGCCAGGCGCAGGUUGGGCUGCAGGAGCCGCCGCCCCGCGGAGAGCCGCGGCACAAUGGCUGAAAAUAAAGCAAAGUCAACCAAACCUGCAAAUAAGACUCCUCCAAAGUCUCCUUCAGAUCCAGCAAAGGAGCGAGCAGCAAAACGAUUAUCCUGUGAUUCAAACAGCUCUCAUGAGGGAGCUAUGGCAGGAGAAAUCAGUGCUCUGGAAGAGGCUUUUAGAAAAUUUGCCAUCCAUGGCGAUACAAGAGCCACAGGAAAAGAAAUGCAUGGGAAGAACUGGUCAAAGCUUUGUAAGGACUGUCAUGUGAUAGAUGGAAAGAAUGUGACAAUCACAGAUGUUGAUAUUGUCUUCAGUAAAAUCAAGGGAAAGUCUUCCAGAACUAUCACUUUUGAGCAGUUUAAGGAAGCUCUUCAGGAACUCUCCAAGAAGCGGUUUAAAGACAAGAGCGAUGAGGAAGCAGUUCAAGAAAUAUAUAAACUGAUCGAAGGCAAAGUCCCGAUUAUAUCUGGAGUAACGAAAACCAUUUCAUCUCCAACUGUAUCACGCCUUACGGAUACAUCAAAAUUCACAGGUUCUCACAAAGAGAGGUUUGAUCCAAGUGGGAAAGGAAAAGGGAAAGCAGGCCGAGAAGAUCUGGUGGAUGCUUCGGGAUAUGUUUCUGGCUAUAAGCAUGCAGGCACAUAUGAUCAUAAAGUGCAAGGAAGCAAGUAAGGCUGAGGGUUUACAAUACAGAGGGAAAAAAAGAGGGGGAGAGAGAAUAUAUUUGUAAGAAUGAUGUAGAUGAAUCCCACGUUUCAGUUAUUGUGAAUACUAAGACUAUGUUGUCAAGAAGUUGUUGUCAGGAACUGGAACUGAUUUCAACAUCUGCUGAGCUACUUGCAGCACAACGCCACUUCAUUACAUUCCUCAUAGGUAUAUUGGCAAAAAUAAAUGUAUCAGUACAAAAAAAGAGACAUCAUUUUGUUGCGCUUUAGGCAAAAACCCCAAAGCCAAGAGCUGUUAUACCACACUUUGUCAAUUUGAGGGGAAGAUCUCAAACAUUCCUAAGUGUUCAGUUGCCCUGAAGAUGUAGAAGAGAACCUCUUGAGAAGAGGGUCUUUCAAUAGCAGCCUUUCUGAAGAGCAUCCUGUUAUUUAUGGUGUUUGAUUUGACUACUGUUUGGGGUUUUUUUUCAACGUCUUACAGGGAAUCUGGCACUCCCCUAGAAGAUUCAACAAUGUACUAUUGGGGAGUAAGUGGUUGUAAUAUACAGGUGCUAGCCUGUACAUUUCAUGUACCAUUUAUGAACAACUGAAAAAAAAAGCUGCUUCUGAGACAAUUUAGGUUCUAAUGUAUUUAUGUCAGCAGAAAAAUGUGGAAAAUACCAGCCCGUAUUUCCCUCCUGUCUAUACUUCUUGCUAGUUACUGUGUGUACUGGAGCAUGGUUCUGACUGGCUGAAUUAGGUGGAGCUAAUGUACUAACUUGGGAGACAAAGAACAAGACAUACCUAAGAAAGUCUAUAAAACCUUUUUUAGUCUGUUUUCAAGUUUGCACUGCUUCACAUUUGAAAUGAAGGGGGCAUUAAGAUAAUGCUUUAAAAUAUUAAUUAUGACUAAACACUGCUAGUCAGAUUGCUAUUGUUAGAAGAAUGUCCUUAUGCACACUUAUGCACAUACAUUGGCACAUAUUCCCUUUAACGUAUAGUAGAUGUAAGGAAAGUUUAUGGCUCCUUGGAAUAAGGACACUUAAAAUUAAUAUCUAUGUAAUUAGUUGUGACUUGCCCCCAAAAUCAUACAACUAAAUCUGGACUACAUGGCCUGGAAGUUUCUUCUGAAGCCAAGGGACUUGAUUCUCCUUUCCCUUAGGCUGUCUGACUCCAGACUAAUUGGAAUUACUCCAGAGUAUUGAUGGAAAUGGCUCUCCACUGCUGUAAGAGGAGAAGCAGCUCCACAGAGUUAAGGUAAAGGCAGCUCAGCAUGACCUGCAUGGGGUGCAGAAUGCCAGGCUAAUAGGAAUAAAAAUCACUCAUUUUUAGUUAAAAAGGAAAGAAAAAGCUGAUCCAAGUUUUUAAGAGAGCAGAACAAGCACCCCAAUGUAUUACUCUGCUUCCAUAAAAUUAUGAAAGAUAGGAUUGGAGUAUUUAAAAACGGCUAUCAGCAGUUCUGCUUUACUUUCUUUCAAAACAAGCUCAUGCGCUGAUUUUAAUGGUCAGCUCUGGAUAAAGGUUAAUAACUUUGGUGCUCUCCCCCUGCCCAUAUCAGCCUCACACUUAGAGUGCACAAAAUCAGUGUUUGGUGAGCUGCGUGUGCUGUCAUGUGCAGUGCAGGUCAGCAGCUUAUAUCUGGCUUGUGUCCAGAGGUGGAGAACAGGCUUGAACAGUUCAUGUUUUGUUUCACUGCCAUUGAAUGGUAGCCUUUCUUUUAACUUUGUCUCCAAUGACCCUGCAAGCCCAUAGAUCAGCCUGAAACCAAAACAACAAUAAUAAACAAAGACAAGGACUUCCUCAUGGACUUGGAGAUUUUUUGUUUGUUUAUAAUUUGUUUUGGUUUUUGUUUUGAGGGGGAAGGGAAGUUUGCCAAAACUCAGCACAUGUUCUUAUAAGGAUUUAAAUGACUGUUUUUUUCCCAUGGGUUGCUCUGGUUACCUGGGAAGGUUUUUGAUAUAUGUGAGGAUGCUCAGGGUGAGCAGCUUUCAGAUUUGUCAAGCCUUUCCAUGAGUUACCUGUUGUUCUUGAAGAAAAAUUUGCAAGGAAGGAAAGAUAUCCAUUUCUGUGUUGCACUGGUGACCUGUCACACUUUCAGAUGCAGAAAAUAGCACACUGUAAUGCAAGGAAUGGCUGAAUUAUUCCAGCUUGGUGGUGGAAGGGAAAAGAACUGUCUGGCUAUAGAGAGCCUGCUCCUUUUUGCUAUUUCCCAGAUGCCUGGGCACCUGGAAAGGGCUCCAGGAUGGUCCUGCUUUCUAUGAAUAAAAAGACUAAGCUUCUAAUCACUGACAAAUCCUUAAGUUAAAGGCAAAGCUAAUGUUUCUGUUCUUCCCAUUGACUUUAAGACUUGACUUAUAGCUCACUGGUAUUUGAAAAAGAUUUGUGUGAAACCCAAAUGAAGGGCUAAGUCCUGUAUCCUGCAGAGCUCUUUCAACACCAUGUUCACCUUGCUGUUUGUUGCUAUCCAGCUGCUUUGGUUGGCACAUCAUGUGAUACUUAAGCCGAGGUGCACAAGUGACAGGCUUUCUGACAUACCCAAAUACUGAGCGUCUCUGUUGCUACAUGGGAGGCGUCACACACACACAGGAGGAAGGUUUUAAAGUUUAACUACUUUUCAGGUGGCUAGUGCAGGGUGUGAGAGAGACCAGCUUACUCAUAAGAUAGAAGGCAUGCAAUGGAGCUGGGAAUGCAAACUGAUCCAAGCUAACACAAAGAGGCUGAUGGCACUAGCUGGAGUUCUGCCAGAUUGUAUUUGGACAACCUGAAAUCCUUGCUAGAACCAAAGCACUUUGAAUGGACCUGAUUGAUGAAAAGGGUUUUCAAUAACACAGUAAGCACUGGAUCAAGACCCGAGAAGCUGCUUUAGAUAGCAGAAUUUUAUUGUGAGGAACACACUUACUUGUUUCUUCUUUUCUUCAGUUAGAAAGUUUUAAAACUCAAUUAAAUGGAGGCACGAAAAGAAAUCAUUCUGAUAUGAGAGUGAAGAAAGAAAGUUCUGGCUAGAAAGACAGUACUUUGGAAAGAUUUUUUCCUUUUUACUACAUUUGACUUGGAGGAUUUGUGCUAUGAAAUGAAAGCACCACAUGCAGCCAUGUAUUAAGGCUUCAGACACCAGUGUAAGCUCCUACUUUCCUAUUAAUAUCUGAGUGAAGUUAAAAUCCUAAGUAUUAUCUUAAAUGUUAGCCAUACUUAACGUUUCAGGUCUAUGGGAGAACUACACAAAGUGGUGCAAUCAUCAUUUUGUUGUUUUGUUCGUCUGCAAUUUCCUGUACUCUGAGGACAGCAAGCCCUGCUGGUCCCUCAGAGACAAUGAGAAGGGUGUAGCUGAGGAUGCACAGGAGGAGACCAGUUUUGCCUUCUGAAACAUUAUAAAGGAUAUGCUCUUCUCAUGCACCAUUGCUCUAGACUGUACCUUAAUGGCAUGUCCCAAGUAAGGACAUCUCCCCAUAAAGAGUUUAUGAUUGUAUCCAUUUCCUGGGCAUCUAAGCUCAUUUCAUCUAACCAUCCAAUUGGAUUUUCAGCAUUUUAUACUACCCAGUACUCUUUCAUGAGACAUCUUUUUUUAAAAAACUGUUUUUCCUCAUGUCUUUGCUUUCACUUACAGUUGAACAUGCAUCAGACUGAGGCAAAUGUAAUCAGAUAGUUCAGGUGGCUGACAGCAAUAACUACCUUUAAGAACAAACUCAAAUUACACAGUUUACUUAAAAUUAAACCCUUAAAGACUUGAACAAAACCCAGUCUUACCUUCAUCUCUGCAGAGGCUUAGCCUUGUGCACGAUCUAUGACUAUCAAGCCUUUGCAGGAUGAAGACAAAAAAUAAAAAUGCUGAAUGAGACAAAGGAAUAACCCCAGUUUUUAAAAAAGUGAUAUGUAAAUUUUAAAUAAAAUAUGCUGAAGUCAAAUGGGCUUUCUUAUUAGUGCUUGUUUACUAACUCCCUGUAAUCAUUCUCUGUACUUCAGUUAUUUGUUGAGAUUUUCCCAACAAUCAUAUCUGCCUGGAAAUAUCAGUAACAAAAAGUAUUAUCCUAUUUUUUAUGGUUAUUGAAGCUAUCAUAAUGACCUUACUGAAGACAGACAGAAAAUACAUUGUUUCAACAUUUCUAUGUGAACAACUGUCAUUAAUUUUAAUCAAAUAUUUGGAAGAACAAACAAAGGCAAUGUUGAACUUUGGGCAGUCUGGCCAAGACCAAGCCACUGUUUUUUAAACCACAAGAUUUCUUAUCAAUAAUACAAAUAUCUUUUUUACCUUUUACUUUGGGGAAAGGGAGGGAAGAUUUCCAAACAACUCACAUGUCACAGCUUGUGUGUUUCAUCAGCAAACAAAUUCUCCUUUGAAGAUAUUUUGGAUUAAAGUAUGUAUUUUCCAUGUAUUUUACUGACCUUACCUAAACUAAAAAAUCCUCUAGCAGCUUUUUGGCAUUACAGAAAACUUUCUUAAUGAAUUAACCAUUCAGUUAUGCAUAUUUCCCCUCUGUUGAGUCAAUUGAUACAGUAUUUAUGGCAGCUAGAAUUUUGUACAAAACCCAGAAACUAGAAGGUAAAUUAUUUCUGUGGGUUUGACUUGCAAGUGAUAGAUAUCACAGCCGUCUAUAACUAUCUGUAGAGAAAACCAUUGUGUAUAUUUCUCCAAACCCAGCUGAAAACUUAGUGCUCUUUCCUCAAGGCUUGCUGUAGUUAUAGGAUGGUUUCAUUCUUCAUGCCUGCCUGUAUGAUAAAGAUCAGCUGUUGAAAAGCCAAACCCUGCCUUACAGUGAUGUGAUGCAUGUAUUCUGGGACAUGUGCCUGUGGCACCUCUGAGCAAGAGGUCUCUGCACUGGUUAAGAAACAAACCACUCAGAUUUUGAUAGUGGAGAAAAAGUAAUGCAUUGCACUACUAGUACCUGCCCUCUAAAAUGACUGUUAGCCUUGAGUGAGUGCCAAAAUAGCUACACCUUUGUGUAUAUUGUUUGUAGUGUGAAUACUGUGUGCUUACCUUUUCUAUUAAUUGUUAAUAAGUAAUAUAAUACACAAGAUGUGUAUAGGUAUGUGUAUGUGCGUGUAAGUAUGUAUGUACACUUUGGAUCCAGCUAAAUGUUUAAAACAUAUAAGUGCUGAUCCAAACCUUGAAUCUUACAGGACCAAACGCUGGUCCUGAUGUAGCUAGAGCUGUUCAGCUUGGCCAGCUAGGAUGUUGCCAUAAUCCCUCCAUAACGUGAUGGUAGAGCUCUAAGGAGCUUUUGUGUUUCUACGCAAACAUCUACCUUGUACCUGUUUUUUUGGAGGGAAGCAUCUGAUUGUGCCCUUCAGUGAUUCUAAUACAUAUUUGUUAUGGCAAGAAGAGUUCCUCCCUAGUGAGGAAGCAGAACUGCCAGGGAGAAAGUAACAGCUCCUCAGAGUGCUCUCAGGAGACUAUUUAAAAUUAUGCCCUCUGGGGGCCUUAUCUACUUCUUUGCCGAACUUUGUGAACCAAGUUGACAGUUACACACACAGUUCAUCAUCAGUCAGGUAAGUACAAAGUCAUGGUACAUGGAGGAUGAACAGAAAGAGAGUCUUUGUGUUCUACAAUGCCUAUGGCCUUGGGUCUGGUAUAAACCUUUAUUGAUAAAAUGAAAUACCUGAAGCAUAAUGAGAAAUAUCAGACUUAUGUGAAAUGCCUACAAUCUGGAAUGCCAAUGUUUGAAGUGUUUGCCCCUAAAAUAGCAUUUAGACCUUCAGUUGCUCAUUUUGUACACGCAGCUGCCCUCUUGACCAAGUAUAAGGAGCAUGAAAAAAUGGACUGGGAUGUUCUUUUUAAGUCUUCAGAAUCCUAAAACUAGUUAGAGACCUUGAGUUGCAUUCACGCUUGUUCAUUAAACCUCAAAAGCAGUGCUUUGGAAGAUGUCCUAGGUAAGAAUGGGGCUUCAGGAUGCUGAAGGAUAGAGCAGAUUUAACCUCCAAAUCUUAAUUAGCCAAGCAAUUUGUUUUUGCAGAGAUAAAUAACUGUAAUAUACUUGAUAUUUUUUCAUGUUUUUUGGUAUAUUACCUUAACUGUAUUGCUUGUAAUCCAUAAUUUGGUGGUGGUUUUCAAAAGAAGUUAAAGACAUGACUGUGUUUUUUUUGUUUUCAGAAAAAGUUUGGAUUGCCUUGUUUCAUUCAAACUAGUUACCGAUCAUUCGCUCUGAGUAGACUUUGGCUAUAACAGAGCAAUCUUGACAACAAAUAAAAGAAAAGAGCAGUAUAUUGACUUUGCAUCCUUGAAAGACAUUUGCAAUAAUGAAAUGAUUAAUAAAAAGACCAUCCCUUUGUCUUUUGUGAACAAACACUCAAACAUACACACUCUAUUCUGGGGCAAGUAUAAAUAUGAGUGACGAAACUACAAAAGAGACUUUUUUUUCUUAGAUUAGAUUUGUAAAUUGAUAUUGAAGUUCCCAAUUGACUAAACUGACUUAGAAAAUUGUUAAGCAUUCCAUUGUAGCUUAUCAACCAGUUAAUUCAUUUUCAAAUGUAUUCACACAUCUCUUUUUUGAAUCACUGUAAAAUUUAUGGCACUUGAAGGAAGUUGGUUUUGUUGUAAGCUUGAAUUCCUCAAAGCAUUUUUAAAGGUCUUAAAGAUAACCCUCACUUACCUGCAGCUUUCCCUUUACAAGACUUUUCCAGUUACUUUAUACUUUUUUCAGAAUAGGUCACAAACUUGAAUAAAGUUGUGUCCAAGUUAAUUAAAAAAUAUAGCCCUUACAUAUGCUCAUAUACUUCAUCCAUCUUUACAUUUUAAUCAGGAGCUAUGUUAUGGAUUAUUAACAAAACGAAGAAAAAAAAAAAAAGGAAGAAUUGCAAUCUAUAUCCCCACAGUGGUGCAUUAUUUUAAGUUCCAGUUUACAUCAGUUGAGUUUCUGUAUGUUUGUACUUGCUCAAGUGCUUUUUAAACAAAUUAUAUAAUGUGAAAUAUGCAGCUUGGGCUCUGUUCAAUAGAGUUAUAUUAAUGUGGUUGUGAAAUGCUGUAUUUCUGUAAUACUCAUGCUAAGUAUGGCCUCGGUCUUUACCAAGGCUUUGUGUAAGGGCAGUUAACUUCUAAUGUCACGUGUAAAACCUGUUGACACACUACUUUUGCUAGCACUGUAUUGCAUGAAAUGACAAGGUCAUAGCCAAAAACAAGUUAUAGGAUGCAACAAAAGAGUGUGUUUGUGUUUAGCUCUGUGCUGGGCUCAGCAUAUAUCAGCUUUGGCAGACUACUGCAGCAGGGAAGAUAUUUUUUGUGUAAUGCUUAUAAUACAAAGUAAUUUGUCUUUACAAAUCAGAGAAAAUCAGAGAAAUAAUCAAUAUUGGAUAAGUAGAUUGAAGUUUAUUCUUAGCAAGAUUUUAAGUAUCACAGAUUUAAAUAUUGCAGGAAAAAUAUAUAUUUAUAUAGCAGAACAUUUUUUGAAUGUUCUAGGUUGGUUUUCUUCAGUCAUAAACCAUUUAUUUAUCCACAUUAUGCUUUAUUCCUUUACUAGAUUGUUCAUCUGUCCGUGCUGACCAACAUGCUCUUCUAAUUUGACUUAGAUGUUUUGGUCUGUUAUUUGCACAUCCAAGUAUGUGCAUGCCAUCAGGACCUGGUCAUGAAGUGUGGAGGCAAAAUUGCUUUGUCUUUGGUUAUCUCAACCACUAAUAAAAAUGUAACUGUUAAAUAAUUGUAUGUGAUACAGGUCUUGACAUAUAGUCUUCCUUGGAGCACUGUACAGCAUGAUAAAGAGCUUUAGUGAAUCUUACUAUUUCUUGUUCUUAUUUGAUUUGUUUUUCAUCUUGGUCUAGAAAACCAGGAAGCUGCUGUGUGCUAAUAAUUAUCUGCAAUAUUUAUAAUUGCAGACAUAUUGCAAACAUUAACAUUCAGCUGUACUAGCGUACUGUGUUCACUGUGAAAUUUUCAACACGGUCAAAACCUUUGUGAGAUCAUUUAACCUUACAAGUUUACUUUUUUCUUUUUUGGUCAUUAUUGUGAAUGAACAACUUGAGCAUAGCACUCCUUAAUCUUAACUCUAAUAGCUAAAUACCUUUUAAGCAAAGAUUUUUAAACACCUGAUGAAGGGGUUUGGACAUUGUCCAGUGCAAAGCGCACUAGACAAAAUCCUUUCCCCACUGCAGUCAGUGCUAAAAUAUUAACUGGCUUUAGCAAAAACGGAACCACCAUUGCCAGGGGAUUAAUGUGCUUGGUUACCAUGGCAGAGGUUAUGGGGGAGCAUGACAGGGAGUCCCUAUUCCCGUAUCUUUGUUUCUGUUAAUUUAAAACUACUACUAUUCAAUCUUUAAAAUAAAUAAAAGAAACUUGAAAGGGGAUCAUAUACUACUAGUUUGUACUAGGUUUUUUCAGGAAAAGGAAACAAAUUUAUAUAUAUAUAUAUAUAUAUAUAUAUGCAAUAUAUUUUUACACUGUUUAUUAAUGCUAGAAAGUAUUAAAUGUUUCACUUUAUCAGUGUGAAUGUUAAAGUAAUGACAAUAUUAUGGAUGUUUUAAACCUUUUAAAGUUGUCUUGUUAAAUUCUAAAACCACAUUAACAAUGGAAAAGCUAUUUCGUCUACAUUAUUCUUGAUGUAUAGAGAACAGCAGUUGUCUGAUUAGCACUAUACAAGCUUGGCUUGAAAAGCUGUAGUGAAAUUCAUAUUGUAAACAUCAUUUUUUAAAACAUAGCUUCUCAUAAAGUAUGUUACUGCUGUUGACUGAUUGUAUAAAUCUAUAUCCUUAGUUGGUAAAGUGAUCAAUAAAUGUGUUACUACAUCA